AAGAAAAAGGACUAUUAUAGCUAAUUAAGAAAUAUAAGUGCUAUGCAAAAGUAGGUGCAGACAUUUUUUUUAAGAAACUGCAUUGCCACAAGACACUUGUUAUGGCUGCUCUGCUGUUUUGGGGUGUGGUGUGGAGGGGAGAAGGAAAUUACUAUUUUAUUUUUACAUAGGAGAGUAUUUUCCUUCUAUUUUAAAACUGUGAUUCUAAAUCAUCAGGGCUGGAGGAAGGUAUUUGUCUUAAAAGUACUUUCAUAUUCUUAAAUAUACUAUUUUAUACUUCUAAGGCUCAUAAAAAUGAGUUGCGUGGGAUAGUUUUAACCCUCAAGGUAAAAUUACAGAUUUUAGGAAGUUAAUUUAUAAAUUAAAUUAUUCUAAUAUGAUAUGAUCUCUGGAUGGACAUAUUUCAUUGAGAUAUUGGCUUUACUUCUGCUAUCGAAAGAGUGAAGGUUCAAGGAAGGUGAGAAACAAAAAAAAAUUGGAAGGAAAUAUCUUUUGAGAAAAAUAGAAAAAAGGAAAUUGGAGAAUUUUGAGAAUUGAUUGGUUCUGGUAUGCUGUAAGUGGGUGGAUGUGCUUUUUUUUUUUUUUUUUUUUUUGGCUACAGGAAGUUGUAAGUGAUUUGCUGUGUUCACUGAGCCUUUGUUGAAGAGGGUCUCCUCAUUUGUGUGAGUCAUGCUUUUACUGUGAGAGACUUGGCAGCUAAGCAGGAUUGAAAUCUCUAUCAGAAAACUAUUACUUUUCCUAGUCUAAGGAACCAUAGAGAGUUUUCUUUCAUGGCUUUUGUUUUAUUUUUGAUGAAGGACUGUGGAACAAUUUUUUUCUUCUUUUCGUCCUUCCUUUAAAGACAUUUUGGGGGGAACAUCCCAAUUUUACUGCCCUCACUCAAUCAUUAUGUAUUGUCUGCUAUGAGAGAACAGGUGCUUUCUAAGUUGGCAUCAGCUCUGCCAAAACAUAUACAGGAAACCAGAUAGAAGGGCAUGCGUCAACAUACCAAGUAUAACCGCUUCAGGAAUGAUUCAGUGACAUCAGUUGAUGAACUUAUCCACAAUUUGUCCACGAAUACCUGCAAGGUCUCAACAAUUGCCACAACUUCAGCAAUAUCAUCCUCAUAUGUGGUCUCAACCCAGGUUCUCCAUAAAGACCAGGAGGAUGGAUCCACCACGCUUUGUACUCUCAAACAUAAAGUAUCUCACUUGAAAUUCUCCAGCUCCAGCAACCUUUUGGGCAUCAAAAACCUGCCUUCUGCAGUCAAGGACCUUGCUGUUUCCAAGUUGCCAGGCAGCUUGAGUGUUCCUAGCUCAGCAUCAGGCGCUUCAGACAACACAUGUAACCUUGUCUCUGCCACUCUGUGUUCUCAGCAGAACACAAGCAAGAUGAACACAGGGAAAAAAAUUCAGUCAGAGGAGAUGCACCUAGGAGGUGAAGUCUGCAAUUCAAAUAGCAUUUUUGUCAAUAAACCUUCUGGAGGGUGGCUGCAUUCAAAUGAAAAGAUCCUGGGACCUGGUGUGACGUUUGAAGUGAAGUAUUUGGGCUGCUUAGAAGUUUUACGCUCAAUGAGAUCUCUUGACUUUAGUACAAGAACUCAGAUUACAAGGGAAGCAAUCAGCCGUGUUUGUGAAGCAGUACCUGGUGCCAAAGGAGGUUUCAGAAAACAAAAGCCACCACGGAAAGUCUUAUCCAACAUUCUGGGAAAGAGCAAUCUUCAAUUUGCAGGGAUGAGUAUAACCUUGAAUAUAUCCACCACUAGCCUAAACCUAAUGACACCUGAUUCAAAACAGAUUAUAGCAAAUCAUCACAUGCAAUCUAUUUCCUUUGCUUCUGGAGGUGAUCCGGAUACAACAGAUUAUGUUGCAUAUGUAGCUAAAGACCCUGUUAAUCAUAGAGCUUGUCACAUACUGGAAUGCUCUGAUGGCUUGGCUCGAGAUGUUAUCAGUACUAUAGGUCAAGCUUUUGAGCUUCGAUUCAAGCAGUAUUUACAAUGUCCUUCAAAGAUAUCUGCUCUUCAUGACUGCAGGCAAAGUCUGGAUGAGCCAUGGAUGGAAGAAGAGGGAGAAAGAACAGAACAUCCAUAUUAUAACAGCAUUCCCAACAAAGUGCCCCAUGUGGGAGAGUUUCUUGAUGUUAGAUCAAAAACCAGAAUUUGUACUGCUGACACAAGCAAGACUGCAGGAAGAGAGCAAACUUACUACCAGGGACGGCACUUAGGAGGCAAAUUCAGUGAUGAUUGGCAGCAUGCACCUAUUAAUCAAGGUUCUUUGGAUAGCUAUAACAUGCCAGAAGGAAAAUCCCAAGUAACUCCUAUAGGGGAGACACCAAUCUAUGUGAACACUCAAGGUGUAAAUAUUCAAGUUUUGCAAGCCCUUCAAGGAGACACUGAAAGUGUAUUCAGUGACUCAGUGGAUACUACCAAAGACAAUAGCCCAAGAAAAGACUUAUUUGACAUGAGACCUUUUGAAGAUGCCCUCAAGAAUCAAACCAUGGAACCUUUGUUGAAUAAGGCUAUGUCAGUGGAAAACACCAGCCCUAUUUUAUCCAGAGUACCUGAUUGGAAAAUGAUGGAAGAGUUAAAGGCAGAACCUUGGUAUCAAGGAGAAAUGAGCAGGAAAGAGGCAGAGCUGCUAAUAAAAAAUGAUGGGGACUUUCUUGUCAGGAAAAGCACCACCAAUCCAGGAUCCUAUGUCUUGACAGGGAUGCAUAAUACCCAAGUCAAGCAUCUUCUUUUAGUUGACCCAGAAGGAAUUGUUCGAACAAAGGAUCAAGUUUUUGACAGCAUAAGUCACCUCAUCAACCAUCAUCUUGAGAAUAAUUUGCCCCUAAUAUCAGCUGGGAGUGAACUCUGCCUUCAACAGCCUGUGCAAAGGAAACAGUGACCCUUCAGUAACUUACAAUUUUUUGUUUCCUGUGAAUUCUGUUCACUGGUCAUUACAUACAUGAGACCAUUUAAUCCAAAGUGCAUUCUUGAUUGCUUUGUCUCUCAUCUUGAGCAGACCAGGCAAGUCAGAAAUUGGUGAUGCAUGAGGCUUAUUAAAACUGAAAACUUUCUUAAAAUAUGAUUUAAUAAUUAUCUUCCAAUUCCUUCAUGUGCAUUUUUUUGAGAUGUACGUCUCAUACAUCCUGUGCAAAUACAAUCUCUGCAUAUAUUUAUAAAGUCUGUGAAAAAUAAGAUUAA